GGGGUGUUCUAAACCAGAGGGCAGACCCAGAGGCUUCCCUGCCUCAGUUUACCCGCUACGUGCAUCCGGGCGCUUCCGCGGGGGUUGGGCCCUGAGGCCAGGGUCCCCAGAGGGCCUGGGCCCCUCCAGUGCCUGGGGGAGCGGAAGGUGAGGACCUGAGGGGUGACGGGCCGAGUCCUGCCCGCGCCGGCCAGGGGCGGGGCCGGGAGGCCCGCGCUCCGCGAUCCCCGCCCGCCGGCUUCCUCCGGGGUCAGCCCGGCUCCUUAUCAGGCGCGGCCAGGCGGCCAGGCCCUUAUCUGCGCCGGCCCAGCAUCCUCCGGCCGCUGCUCCGGGGGUGAGCAGGAGGAAACCGGGCCGCCGGGGGGCGGGGAGAGGGCGGGCCGGCCCGGGAGCCGCUCACUUUCCCUCGGGGGACCCACGCCACCACCGCGGCCGCCUCGGCCCUGUGGAGCCCAGGAGGAGGCGCGGCCCAACACCGGGCGGAACGGGCGGCCUGGAGCGCAGAGGCCGGACCUGAGCGGCACAGUGGAGCGUGGCCUGACGCUGGAAACUGCAUCCUGGCCCAGACUGCCGGCCCCGACGGCACAGAGCCAGGGCACUCACCAGGCUGCGGGAACAGCGAAGGGGUGAGCACCCCCACCUCGGGGUCCAUGUGCCCGCCCCAGGCCCAGGCAGAGGUGGGCCCCACCAUGACUGAGAAGGCAGAGAUGCUGUGUGCCCCCAGCCCGGUGCCCGCCCCGGCCCCUAAACCUGCCUCACCUGGGCCCCCGCAGGCAGAGGGGGUGGGCCACGGAAGCUCCUCACCCCCCAGGCUGCCCCCUGGCGUGCCAGUGAUCAGCCUGGGCCACACCAGGCCCCCAGGGGCAGCCUUGCCCACCACAGACCUGAGCACCCUACGGCCCCCCCUGCUGCAACUCUCUGCCCUUGGAACCGCCCCACCUGCCUUGGCCCUACAUUACCACCCUCACCCCUUCCUCAACAGUGUCUACAUUGGGCCGGCAGGACCUUUCAGCAUCUUCCCUAGCAGCCGGCUGAAGCGGAGGCCAAGCCACUGUGAGCUGGACCUGGCUGAAGGGCACCAGCCCCAGAAGGUGGCCCGGCGCGUGUUUACCAACAGCCGCGAACGCUGGCGGCAGCAGAACGUUAACGGUGCCUUCGCCGAGCUCAGGAAGCUGCUGCCAACGCACCCGCCCGACCGGAAGCUGAGCAAGAACGAGGUGCUCCGCCUCGCCAUGAAGUACAUCGGCUUCCUCGUGCGGCUGCUGCGCGACCAGGCGGCCGCCCUGGCCGCAGGCCCCACCCCGCCCGGGACCCGCAAACGGCCGGCGCACAGAGUCCCAGAUGACGGCGUCCGCCAGGGGUCAGGACGCAGGGCCGAGGUGGCCGCGAGCUCGCAACCCGCGCCCCCGGCCGAUCCCGACGGCAGCCCGGGUGGGGCGGCCCGGCCCAUCAAGACGGAGCAAGCGGCUCUGAGUCCGGAGGUGCGAUGACCCCACGCGGCGGCGCCUCUGAGCCGGAGGGCACCGGGGACUCAGCCCGGGCCGUGGAGGAAAGGGCCGACGAUGCGCUGCGCCUGCUUGGGAGCAAACGCGCCCGAAGAGGGACCAGUGAGGACGACCCUGGCGACGGGGCAAGGUUUCGGGGGUCUGAAAGGGUGACCGUCGCCCCCAGGAGCCCCGCAGACCCUUUUUUAAGAACCACCCACCGCCCGCUGGAAGUGGCCUUGCCCGUGUCCCCUUCCCAGAGGCGAGGUCGGUGAACCAACAUGGUAGUGCGGUCAUUGGA